UCAUUUCCUCCCAGAUAAGAUUCGAAGGCGCCAUUCCAUUCUCUCUCCAUCUGAACAUCGUCUUUGCUUUGUCUGUCCGGACCUUCAACAUCAGCAACCGAUGUACUUUUGUUGGUCUUGAUUCGAUCCGAUUCGAUUCGACGUGGAUUCAGCCGUAGUUCAGUCCCAGCCCCCGGCCGCUCAAUCGGGUCCCCGACCAUGAGCUCUACCCUGAAGAAGCUGCAGGUGGUGUCUCCUGUCCCGGCCGACAUAGACAUUGCCAACUCCGUGGAGCCCUUCCAUAUCUCUGACAUCGCCCGGGAGCUCAGCCUUGGCACCUCCCACUACGAUUUUUAUGGCAAGUAUAAGGCCAAGGUUCUGUUGUCCGUGCUGGAUGAGCUACAAGGAUCUAAAGAUGGGUACUAUGUGGUGGUCGGAGGGAUCACCCCGACGCCACUUGGAGAGGGCAAAUCCACCACCACCGUUGGCCUCUGCCAAGCUCUGGGAGUUUUUCUUGAUAAGAAGGUGGUGACAUGCCUACGUCAACCUUCGCAAGGACCUACUUUUGGAAUUAAGGGUGGGGCUGCUGGCGGCGGCUAUAGUCAAGUCAUUCCCAUGGAUGAAUUCAAUCUUCAUCUUACAGGAGAUAUUCACGCAAUUACCGCUGCAAAUAACCUCCUAGCUGCGGCAAUCGAUACCCGUAUAUUUCAUGAGUCAACCCAAUCGGACAAGGCUCUCUUCAACCGGUUAUGCCCACCAAACAAGGAAGGAAAAAGGAGCUUCAGUAACAUCAUGCUCAGGCGUCUGAAGAAGCUUGGAAUAUCCAAGGACAGGCCAGAGGAUCUCUCCCCUGAAGAAGUUAAGAAGUUCGCGAGGCUAGACAUUGACCCCAAUUCAAUUACAUGGAGAAGAGUCAUGGAUGUGAAUGAUCGAUUCUUGAGGAAGAUUACUGUGGGACAAGGCCCAGAAGAGAAAGGCAUGACAAGGGAGACUGGGUUUGAUAUCUCAGUGGCUAGUGAAAUAAUGGCUGUUUUGGCUCUCACGAUUUCUCUCGCUGACAUGAGGGAAAGGCUUGGGAAUAUGGUGAUUGGAAACAGUAAGGCUGGUGAUCCUGUAACUGCUGACGAUCUCGGAGUCGGUGGGGCCCUGACUGUGUUAAUGAAAGACGCUAUCAACCCGACUUUGAUGCAGACUCUUGAAGGCACCCCUGUGCUUGUCCAUGCAGGCCCCUUCGCAAACAUUGCCCAUGGGAACUCCUCUAUCGUGGCCGAUAAGAUCGCACUAAAGCUGGUGGGUCCUGGGGGUUUUGUGGUCACAGAAGCUGGGUUUGGUUCCGAUAUUGGAACCGAGAAGUUCAUGAACAUAAAGUGCAGGUAUAGUGGAUUAACUCCCCAGUGUGCAGUUAUAGUUGCGACAAUAAGGGCCCUGAAGAUGCACGGAGGUGGGCCUGAGGUUGUUGCUGGGAAGCCCCUCGAUCGGGCAUACGUGACAGAGAAUGUUGGGCUUGUUGAAGCAGGCUGUGUGAACUUGGCCCGGCACAUCUCAAACACGAAGUCUUAUGGGGUGAACGUCGUUGUGGCAGUGAAUAUGUUCUCAACUGAUACCAAGGCAGAACUGAAUGCUGUGAAGAGUGCUGCAAUGGCGGCAGGAGCCUUCGAUGCUGUUAUUUGUACCCACCAUGCCCAUGGUGGGAAAGGAGCGGUGGACCUUGGAAUUGCAGUUCAGAAAGCCUGUGAAAGUGUGGCUCAACCUUUGAAAUUUCUCUAUCCUCUCGAUAUCAGCAUAAAAGAGAAGAUAGAGGCAAUAGCAAGGUCAUAUGGUGCUGCUGGCGUUGAAUACUCUGAGCAGGCCGAGAAGCAAAUUGAGCUGUACAGCAGGCAAGGCUUCUCAGGUCUCCCAAUCUGCAUGGCAAAGACCCAGUAUUCCUUCUCCCACAAUGCUGCAGAGAAGGGGGCCCCCUCGGGAUUCAUCUUACCCAUUCGAGACGUAAGGGCUAGCAUUGGGGCAGGAUUCAUCUACCCUUUAGUUGGGACUAUGAGCACAAUGCCCGGCCUUCCCACAAGGCCCUGUUUCUAUGAUAUUGAUCUUGAUACUUCCACAGGGAGGGUGAUUGGCCUCUCUUGAAGAUGCUCUGUUUCUGUCUCUCUGUCCAGUACGAAGGAGUAAUCAAUAGCCAAGAAUAAAGAUGGAAAUGCACCAAGUUUGUGACUUUUUUUGGGUUUUACUGCCCUUUGAGAUGUCGCUUCGCAGAGAGGUCUUCCUGUCACUUGCCAUUUCAUUUUCUUAUUCUUUUGUAUGUUUCCAAGACUGGAUUUAUAUUUAGUAUGUCGGAAUGAGAAUAAAAUGGGAUCAACAUAUAGAUUCUAAUACAUGGUGUUGCAUUCCCUUUUUAUUCCUUAUAUAUAGCAACGACAUUGCAAUAUGUAAGCUGUCGGCGACAAAUAUAUAUUUCUUUCCACAGGACAUUAUUUGAUUUAA